GAGCGGUUGUUGCAGUCAAACAGGUCCGGGUGGAUAAGUGGGUGAAAGGUGCAGCAGGUUAGAGUGACAGCGGCUCAGUAACGCGUCACACACACACACACACACACUAGGAGCAGCAGAGCGGAAACCAAAAAUGUCUAAACAGCCGCAGACGAUCAGCCCGCUGAAGAACUUCUUCGCCGGGGGGUUCGGGGGAGUCUGCCUGGUGUUCACCGGACAUCCACUGGACACCAUUAAAGUGCGUUUACAAACUCAGGCCAAACCCAAGCCUGGAGAGAAACUCAUAUAUGGUGGAACUAUCGACUGUUUCAAGAAGACCUUGGCCAAAGAGGUGAAGUAUGCUGGACCCAUGGACUGCGUCAAACAGCUGUACAGGGAGUUUGGGAUCAGAGGAGUCUACAAAGGCACAGCUCUGACUCUCAUGAGAGACGUUCCAGCCAGCGGGAUGUACUUCAUGUCCUACGAGUGGCUGAAGAAUCUCCUCACGCCUGCAGGAAAAAGCCACAACGAGCUCAGCAUUCCCAGUGUGCUGUUCGCCGGAGGAAUGGCCGGGAUCUUUAACUGGGCCGUCGCAAUUCCGGCCGACGUCCUCAAGUCUCGUUUCCAGACAGCUCCUGAGGGAAAAUAUCCCAACGGUGUCCGGGACGUCCUGCGGGAGCUGAUACGAGAGGAGGGCGUGGCCUCACUGUAUAAAGGCUUCAAUGCCGUCAUGCUUCGAGCUUUCCCCGCAAACGCAGCUUGUUUCUUAGGAUUUGAAAUGGCAAUGAAGUUCUUGAACUGUAAUGUGGGGAUACCUGCUGGUUUAAAGGAGCUUUUACAGGGAUACGCUGUGGAGGUGCUUCGCUGCAGGCCGCCAAACCUGGUGGCAUUUGCAGUGCAGCAUUUUACACAACUUCUGGAAAACCAAAGGAACCAGCGAGCCAAGAAACACAAACCAGUGAGAAAAGAAGUCUCGUUUGAUACAAACAAGUCCCCGAAGGAUGAUGGAGAGGAGGAGGAGGAGGAGGAAGAUGACAUUAGUGAGUAGAGCUACUCGACCACCAGCAAAUACAGUCGCAGAGUUUCAGUUUGUGCAGAGGCCUACAACCCUGAUGAUGAUGAGGAUGAAGACACGGAGCCUCGGGUUGUGUAUCCCAAAACAGACGAGCAGCGACGCAGACUUCAGGACGCCUGCAAAUAUAUUUUACUCUUUAAAACUCUGGAGGGGGAGCAGUUUUCUGAGGUUCUGGACGCCAUGUUCGAGGUGCUGGUCAAACCUCAGGAGCACAUCAUCGAUCAGGGAGAAGACGGAGACAACUUCUACGUCAUAGAGAAGGGCGUGUAUGAUAUUUUUGUGAAGAAGGAUGGAGGGGAUUUGUGUGUUGGAAAGUACGAUAACAAGGGGAGCUUCGGUGAGCUGGCUCUGAUGUACAACACUCCACGAGCUGCCACCAUCGUCGCUACGCAGGACGGCGCCCUGUGGGCCCUGGAUCGAGCCACGUUUCACAGACUGAUCGUGAAAAACAACGCAAAGAAAAGGAGGAUGUACGAGGCCUUUAUCGAGUGUGUCCCUCUUCUGAAGUCUCUCGAGCUCUCUGAGAGAAUGAAGAUCGUUGAUGUUUUGGGAGCACGUGCGUUCAAAGAUGAAGAGCGAGUGAUAGCACAGGGGGAUCAGGCCCACUGCUUCUACAUUGUGGAAUCUGGAGAGGUGAAGAUAAUGAUUAAAAGCAAAACCCAGGCGAGCCAGCAGGACAGUGCGGAGGUCGAGGUGGCUCGCUGCACUAGGGGGCAGUAUUUUGGAGAACUUGCGCUGGUCACCAACAAACCUCGAGCAGCUUCAGUUUACGCCGUGGGAGAAACCAAAUGCUUAGUCAUCGACAUCCAGGCGUUUGAGCGUUUGCUGGGCCCCUGUAUGGACAUCAUGAAGAGGAACAUCUCCCAGUAUGAAGACCAGCUGGUGGCGCUGUUCGGCUCCAGUGUGGACUUGAAACACUAG